AUGAAGAUCCUAUUAUUAGCAGCUUUCAUCGCUGCAGUUGCAUCGGGCCAGCUUAAUCAAUUCGUUUCCGAUAACCAGUCGCAUCAGCCAUGGCAAGUCGGCAAGUUGUACCGGUAUGAAGUAGAUUCGUUCACUCUGGCCCGCUUGCCAGAAGGCGCUAGCACUGGUACCGCAUUCAAAGCACACUUCGUCAUCCGCGUACCAGCCCCUGGCCUCCUCCUGGCACGACUAGAGAAUCCAAGUCACGCUCAAAUACACCAAGAGCUUCCCAGCGAGAGACAACUCCCAAGUGAUAUCAAAUAUCAGCCACUUGAAAAACGUGAACUAACUUUCGGAAUUAACGUCGAAGGUGGCAGGGUUUUGGCUCUCACUAUUCCCACCUCCUUGCCUCUUGCACACGAGAACUUACUCAAAGGUCUUAUUAGUGCUCUCCAGCUGGAUCUAUCUAAUCACCGUCACGUUCGUAGUUCUUAUGAUGGUUUCGAAAAGGAAUCUCAGCAAGGUGCAUUCAAGAAAAUGGAAACUGACGUCACUGGUGACUGUGAAACUUUAUAUAACGUUUACCCAGCUGUACCAGAAUGGCGCCGUGAGCUCCCUAAAUUCGCUAACGAAGAAGAACCAAUAAUGGUUUCCAAAACUAAGAAUUAUGGCCAUUGUCAUCAUAGAGUCGCCUAUCAUUUCGGAGUACCCGAAGGAGCUGAGUGGACUGGUACUGCCCAUGGGAAGGACGAGGAGCAGUUCAUAAGACGUGCGACAGUCACCCGCAUGCUCGUUGGUAAGCAGGGCCCUAUAUACAAAUCCGAAACUACUAGCACAGUCCAUGUUAAUCCUCAAUUAUACGGCAAGGACAAAGCUGAAGUAAUCAGUUACGUUAAACUGUACCUCGAUUCUUAUGAACAAGACAGCGAAACUGAAUGGCCUCUCCCGGAAAAUAAACGUAUAGUCAACAACUUAUUAUAUUCUGUAUCGCAGAAGAAGCAAAUCAUAAUUAGUGAAAGUUCCUCAUCUUCUGAAUCUUCGGAGUCAAUUGAAAAUUUUUCCCAAACUAUGAAUGGCAUGAGAAUGAGUUCAAAUAAUCGAGUUCGUCGCUCUGCACAUACUCCUAAAAUAAUUUCCAUUAACAAGGUAAUUGUGAAACGAAGUUCAGAUGACAGCAGUUCAUCAAGCUCAAGUUCCAGUGACUCUACUUCAGCUUAUCAAAAUGAUGAAGUCCCACGUGACAAUGAACCCGCAUAUGCCGCCUUAUAUAUGAUGCCUCAGGUACGCGCUGAUAAGAAGCAAAACCCACUUAAUGCACAGAAACUUGUUCAAGAUAUGGCACAACAAUUGCAGAAUCCUAAUAAUAUGCCAAAAUCAGAUUUCCUGACGAAGUUUAACAUCCUUGUCAAAGUACUUGCUUCCAUGAGCUAUGAACAACUGAGCCUUACGAGCCGUACUAUUGAAGUUACGAGGUUAUCCAACAAUCAAAUGAAGGCUGAUAUGUGGAUGAUUUAUCGUGAUGCAGUAACUCAAGUCGGUAACAUGCCCGCUUUCCAACAAAUCAAAUCAUGGAUUCAGAAUAAGAAAAUUCAAGAGGAAGAGGCAGCGGAGAUAGUAGCCAGUUUAGCGCAAGCUAUUCGUUAUCCUACUAAAGACAUUAUGAUGCAGUUCUUCAGACUCGCGGUCAGUAACGAAGUCAAGGAGCAACCCUACCUUAACACAACUGCCCUGAUUGCUUGUACCCGUCUCAUCAAUAUGGGUCAAGUCGAUAACAAUACUGCGCAUUCUUUCUACCCUACUCAUAUGUACGGUAGACUUACUCCUCAACAUGAUGCUUUUGUGGUUGAAGAAGUAAUUCCAUACUUGUCCAAGGUUUUAAAAGAAAGUAUCCAAUAUGGUGAUAGUGGCAAAGCCUUAGUUUAUAUACACGCUAUCGGGAACUUAGGUCACCACAGUAUUCUAGAUGUGUUUGCUCCUUACAUUCAGGGUGAAAUUCGUGUUACAACUUACUUACGUAGUCAAAUGGUCCGUAACUUACGAGUAUUAGCUCACGAAAGACAUUCACAUUGUCGAGCUGCGUUAUUCAACAUCGUGAAGAACGUUGCUGAACCCUAUGAAGUGAGAGUUGCUGCAAUCGAAAAUAUAUUUAUGGCGCAUCCAAGCAGUGCAAUGAUGCAAGCCAUGGCUCAGAUGACUCAUAACGACCCAAGUGUACAAAUCCGCGCUAUCCUGAAAUCGAGCAUUUUAUCGGCAGCUGACUUGAAGCACCCUCUUAAUAUGGACCUUGCUAGAACAGCUCAGUCCGCUAAAUGGAUGGUGACAAAACAAGAGUAUGGAAAUCAUUAUUCGGGCAAAUUCCUUAACGAUUACAAUGAUAAGACUCAUGAAUUUGGGUAUAUGACAGCUUUCUCCUACACUGGUAGCGAAGAUAGUUUCUGGCCAAAGAGUUUUAAAUAUUCCGUCAAGAAUAAAGCUAAGGAAAAUACGGUUUCAGCUUCAAUUUCCGAUAUUCAACAACUAAUGCAUGUUUUCCAACAUGAAAUUGAUAGAAUGGUACGCAAGAACCCGAAAUCAGAAGCUCAUCACAAAUAUUCAGCAGAGAAGGUCGCUGAAAUGCUUAACAUUAAACGUGACCCCAAAAAGCCAUUAGAAGCUUCUGUAUUAAUAGACAUUAUGGGUCAAGAAAGAUUAUUUACCUAUAGUGAAAAUGAACUGGAACAAAUACCUGCGAUAAUUGCUAAAUACAUGUCAACCUUAGCCAAGGGUUCCGAGAAACAUUACACAAAAGUUCUCAACAAAGCUCAAGUCUCUAUCAUGUUCCCAAUGUGCACAGGAAUGCCUUUCGUUUACAAAUAUAAGGAACCUACAGUAGUUCAUACUUAUGGUAAAGUUAAGGUGGAAGUCAACCCGUCAAAGAAAGAAGGCGAAGACGUUGCUAAUAUAAUGAAAGAGAUAUUCUUCACCUUUGCCAGGAAUAUUGAUGGAAGCGUUGGUUUCAUUGAUACUCUUGUAAACCAGUAUCCCAGAGUUGGGGUAGUAAGCAAAAUACAGGUUCACCUUCCUCUCAAACUGCAAGUCCAAGCGCAAUAUGGUCAAUUAAAAAUUAUUUUGGAUUCCCUGCGUCCUGACCAAGAUAACACCCUCAUGCAUUACAGCGUAUGGCCAUAUUCUACUUGUCAAAAGAAGGAUUCUUUAGUGACUGUGGCGCAAGAUCCGAACACUAAAGUCAUAAGUCGCAGCAAGAAAGUGGUUUCAACUGACUCUAAAGUCGGCCAAUGGAUCGGCUAUAAUUUCCAAAUUCAGGGCUAUUCUUAUUCCUCCGAUUACAAAAACAUCGGUCAUAUGUUACAAUCACGAGACCUUUUCACGAAUAUUGUUCAUCUACUUCAUCAAAGAGACGUUGCUCUUACACACUUCAACUUGAAACACCUUGUAAAACAAAGUCAAAACAAACGUGUUGUUUUCACUGUUGCUUACGAUAUAUAUUACAAUCCACCGUUGGAGGCUACCAAUCAACAACCACUGGUUGCUAUGCAUACGGAAGAUAUGACUCCAAAUAGUAAAGACCGCCGUCAACAAAUGGCUACACGGGUGUGUGCUGGAAUCAAAACUGCAAAGGCUCACGUUGUUGACGUCAGCGCAAUAUUUGAAGGUGAACAGAAACAACAGUUUAUCAUGACGGCAGCAAUUGGUGACAGUCAUAUAGACUCAAAAAUACAAUACGCUUUCUUCGCUGGACGGUCCGACCAAACUGGAAAGUCCUCAAACCAAAUUAAUGCUGUUGGCACGGUAUUCAAACCAACAGUUAGCCCUCUUAAUUUCCUUGAAGCUAUUAAGAAAGAAAUGAAAAUGAAGUUUGAAUUUAACGUCAAAUAUGGGCAGAAUAGUAAUGGAAACGUCCGAGUGGAUGGCUACAUGGAGCGUAGUAAAAAAUACACUGAAGAACUUCUCAAUCAUCCGUUAGGUAAAAAAUGCGCGCAACAAAUGGAAACAGACAACCUUUACCAGCACGCCUGUCACAAAAUGACGGUCAAAGCUCACUCUCCUGAUUACCUUAGGGCAUCAGUCGUUUAUAAAGACGUUAGCCCUGCCUUCAGGAAUAUGACUUACAAGGCCUUCAGAAUUGUCGACAAUCUCGGCUUCUGGUAUACUGAUGUUAAUCCAAUGAAGACUACCCCUGAUGGCAAACUUGAGAUUGAAUCUCACUUCUGGUACCCUGAUAACAGCAUGAAUUUGGCUCUAAGCACCAGGUUGGGAGAAGUUCAUUACAACAACGUACCCAUACCUAAAGUUACUGAUAGUUGGUUGGCUGUAUACACUCCUUUCAACCCACAGGAACGCGUUUUGAACGAGUUAACUGAGGACCAAUAUCAGCCUUUCUGUUCGGUGGAUGCCAACGAGAUCAAGACGUUUAGUAACCGCACCUAUGAAUAUAUUCUGUCACGUAAUUGGCAUGUAGUGAUGCAAGAUGAUAGUACUUUACAUGGGGGUAAUGAUAAAGUGGUAGUUCUAGCCAGAAGACCGCAAGAUAAGAAACUUGAGUUAUACAUCUCAUAUAAAACAAGAAACGGUAAAGACAUAGAGCUUGAAGUUCAACCAAGCUCAGAAGAACCAAACAAAAAACAUAUUCUUAAGGUAAAUACUAACGCUAAGGAACUAUUCGACAAUGACCUAGUCAUGUACUUAGAUGAAGCGAACUUUGACGUCGUUCUUAAAUACUAUACUCUACCUGAUGGUGUAUUAAUAAUCAACAUUCUACAAAACUAUCUUCGCUUGAUGUACGAUGGUACGAGACUUGUCGUAUUAGCUAAAGGACACAGAAACCAUAUCAAUGGAAUAUGUGGUCGUAUGAGCGGUGACAAGCGUGAUGACUAUUUGACUCCUCAAGGAUUAGUUGACAGACCCGAACAUUUUGGAGCUUCAUUCGCUUUGAAGGAAGCGAACAGCGACCCUAAGACACUCGAACUCCAAGCUCAAGCGCAAAAGGUAGCUUACCCUACGAAACACGAAUACACAGUGAUCUUACCGCGUGAUAAUGAAUGGAGAAGCUUGGAGACGUCUUUGGAUAGCUCAAAUUAUCAUAACUUGUAUAGAACAAGAGGGUGGCAGAAGCGUGGCCAAUGCCAGGUCCACCAGCAGAUACAAUAUUACGAGGACCACAGCCAUAUCUGCAUCACAUUGACCCCACUGCCCGCGUGUCCGUCCAAUUGCCGCAUUCAUAUGUACAAGGUACAAGCUGCUCAAGUGGUAUGUCGACCAAUAUUCGACAAGGAAUUCCAAAUGUAUAAAGAACAGAUUCGCCAAGGGCAUAAUCCUAAGGUUCUGGAAGUACCUGAACAACAACCCAAGCAAUUCCAAGUACCGACUUCAUGUAACGCCUAAAAUAAUACAUAUGCACUAUAAGCAUCUCAAUCAUGACUCCGCUAUCUAAUAAUUGCGAACUGAGUGAAUAUAUAAGUUAUAUAUUUAUGUAUUUUAAAAUAUUCAAUUAAG